UUUCCUUGCUCUUUCGAACAUCGGCAACCCCUGAACGCAAGCCUAUCUGCUUCAUCUCAGGAGUUGCACAACAGUUCCAACCUUACCCCUUCUGCUUGGCUAGACUGCAUUCUCUCCCUCCUGCUCGUCCUGCGACAUUCCGUUGGUUGGGUCGUGGAGAUGCGAAUCCUUUCGUCUCACGUCUCACACAGUUGCCCCAUACCUCCGAUCUUGGACAGUUGCACCAAGAUGUAUGCUGCUCGUCGCCUGCGAUUUCAGAUUCAUUGAUGUGGCUAUAGAGGCAAGUUCUCUUGGUUUUCCGACAACAUGUCUGAGACCGCAGAAGAAGGUUCGCCGCUCGUACCACCAAAGAGACGUACGGAUGGGCCCUGGUCAGCCCACGAAGAGCCCUCCAGGUCAAGCUCAUCAGAGUGGGUUGAUAUAGACAACUCUCCGCCGCGCAAACGAAAAGCGUUGAAGCGAACAUUGCAUCGCCAUAGUCAACAGUCAAGACUGCCUAGUGCUCGUAUGGGAGAGGCUAGGGGCAGCCAAAGUGAUUUCGGCCGGUUCUUCCCAAGGCUUAGCCAGAUAUUGGAGGCUAGCGAAUCCACUCCGGGCUCACGUCCAACCACAAGAGGCGCAGGCACGGACACGUCUCGACAUAGGGAAGGAAACACUGCGAGGCGCCGCCAUCACCGUGACGACAAUAACACGAUCUACAGACGAGGUGCGAAGCAUAGAACAAGCGGUGUGCAGAAACGUAGCGAACCACUGCUCCAGGCCAACUCGUCGCUACUUUCUGUACUAUCGAGCUUAACUGGAGCUUCCGAGAGGUCGAGUGGAAGCAAUUCAACAAUAACUCAGCAAUCGUUUGACCGGCGUAGCAGUGACAGCUCGAGAACGCCUACUGGAAGGCCAAGAUACGCUGCUUCUGCCUUUGACGCUGAGUCAAGCGUCUCAGGUCAAUCACGGCCUCGGUUUCCCAACGUAUUCGAAUACAUGAUGUCCUAUUCAGUCAAUGAGGAGAGCAAUGACAUUCAAUCGAUGCUGUCAAGCUCAGCCUCUUCCCUUUACGAACCUUCUAUAGCAGCUUCCAGUGAUGCUCCCGACACGCCAUCUUCCCGAUCAACCUUCCCUUCGCCCACGAGUACGCGCAGUCAUAGCGUUGCAGAGUUGCGCCGAAGUCCAGAGCCAUCUGCUCGACCGUUGCGGAAGCAGCCAAGCGUGGAAGAUGUGAUGGAAGAAGAAGAAGCGAGCGUUACCGGUUCUACCGCCCUGUCUGAGCUCAAUCUUGACAUGCGACAACGUUCGACGUCACGCUCGUCACGGACAUCUCAACGUUCCACAGAUCAGUCGUCACACGACGCAUUGCCAACACAACAGCAGACGCAGUACGGUAACCAGACAAGGCAGUACUACUUCACCGAGACUGCGCAUGGUCAGCCACGGUCGCCGUCAGCAUCCUCAACUACUACUGAAGCGUACGGCUAUCCCAUGGCGGUGCAGCAGUAUCAGUGGCCCACAAGCCCAGGAAUGUAUAUGCCGCUUGUUGCUAGUCAGGAAGCGGACGUCCACGGUCACAGACCUCCAGCGCCGGACGCGCCAGACUUGAGCAAGCAAACAUUCGCGGGCUAUGAGCUACUCGCGAGGGAAUUGGCCUCGGACGAGUCCUCCGUGACGCCACUGUAUCGGAAGUUUGAAUACCUUAACCACCGACUUCUUCUCCAUCUGCAAGAUGAGAUCUGCGAGCUCGAAGAGCAGUUACGGACCAUCGACGAAAUCACCGCGCAGAUUGACCGUACGCAGCCGGACGGACAGCGCAUGCCCGCUUCCCGUCGUCGUGAAGCUUAUCAAGGGAGCGAUCUCUAUUAUCAGCGGACCAGCCUGCUGGGCCGUAUCUUCACCAAGACCACGCAGUACAAUCAAGCGAUGACCGCUUACACAGGAAUGUCCAAAGGCUCGCACCGAGCGGAGGCUGGAGAGCUUGAAGCAUACCAAAACUGGAUGGGAAGACAUGCGCCCGUACACGAAAUUGAGGCCCGCUUUCUCGAACGCGACGACGAUCUCAUCGUUCCUGGCAAGUCCGAGGUGGCGACCGAUAACCCUUUCAAGCGUGCUGCAUUGGCUUACGGUCCUUUGGCGCUAAUGUUGCCUCUGCUACUCUUCUCCAUCAUACCGACACUUGUUGGAAGGCUUGUUGUAAUCGCUCUUAUCGCUGUCGGCGCUUUCAUUGUCGCAGCAGCUACCACUCAAAUGCGACACUUGAUACCAGCUCGCGAAUGGGCAGUCUGCGGUGCAACAUACGUUUUGCUGAUGGUUGCGAUCGCUGGUUGUAUUCCACAGCAUCGCACUUAGCGUGCUGGCAUCCUGGAUUGACCCUCAACUCCUGGACUUGAAUUUCAGCAUUUCAAAUGUGACUUAGCGUACAGAUGAUACCCUUGCAACGGAGUUACGAGUGGCGGAAGGAGAUACAUGUAAUGUACAUAUCCAAUGCUGAGGCGCUUAACAAGCUUGUGCCGCGGGACGUCUUCAUGUUGCCAGCGCCUAUGGUUGGUGCAGAUUGUCCUUGGAGCUGAUCAAUAUACCAUGCGUUCUGUCAUAUCAAUGCUGUUGAUAUGAGAAGUCAGUUGCGGAAUAACUCCGAAAAGAAUAUUUAUCCGUGUGUCACUUCCACUUGCUA